AUGGCGGAGGCAGUACAGGAAGACAUUGACAGGCUGGUGGAUCACUACUUGGGCAUCCCUGCGGCGUCCACGCAAUCCCCAAUGCCUCCUUCUGAGAAUUAUAUUCCUGGUGUCCAGCCGCAGCACACGGACAGCUUCACGGGACGGCUGUUUACCAGUCAAAAGGAGCGCCAGCCUGGAGAGUACGAGUACGAAGAGGAAGAGGAGGAAGGCGAUAUUGAAGCCUUAGUGGAGAGCGUCCUGCGCGGGGAGCCUCACGACGAAGCUACGGCAGCUGCAAAGGCGCAGUGGGAGAGGCGAAACGAGAGAAGAGAGGAAGAGGGAUAUCCACAAGAGGAACAGCAAUGCCCACCCAUUAGACCUUUCAAUGGAAGGCGCGAUCGUCAACCUACGCGUUUCACAUCGCUUCUGCCAAGCGGCGGCGGCGGCGGUGUUGACCGACAAGAGCAUUUGUUUCGCCGCCUGAUGCUGUGGCAGGAACGACGUGACGCCAAACGCCUGCAGGCCGUCUAUGAGGCGCUGCUGCAGGAACAGGCGGCGUGCCCGUUCGAGCCGCGAGAAUCGCUAACGCGGGGGGGAAGCAUCGACUCUAACUUAUCGUCCUGUAUCAAGAAAGUAUAUGGGGCGGACGUUUUUCUGCAGCGGAUGCGUGAGGCACGGGAGAGGCGGCUGCUGCUGCGACGCGCGGAGGAAGAAGAAGCGCGCCGCUACAGUGACACCUCCACGUGGAAGCCGCAGAUGACGGUGCCGCAGCCGUUUACGCUUGGAAGGGCGCCACGCAGCGUGGCGGCCGCUGCGAAGAGGCGGGACACUUUUAAGCGGUACGCUGCGAGUAUCCGGUCGAAACUGCAGAAUGAACCGUCACAAAUUGAGGGGCCAUCAGUCCCCAGCGGGUUGUUUUCAGUCCCCUCCAGCGGGCUUCUGCUUUCGCACGUUCCGCCGCGCGCAGGUUUGCCGUAG